CAGGGGUCAGAGGUGACUCCCCUGGGCAGGGGCUCAUCUUCAGUCCGGGAGAAGGGGGUGCCACUUUGGAAGCACGCUGGCGUGUCCCCGGGGCUGCAUCUCCCCUGGGAACAUGGCCCUUGCCUGUGGCCAUGGGCCCCUCCCUGGACACUGCCACGGAAGUGACCACAGGGUGUGGCUUUCUUCUGCAGACCUGCCGACUCCCUGAGGGCCUGUGGCACUGCCCCAAGGACAUGGAUCCUCUGAACUGAGGUCUCCCAGGCCCUUCCAUGCCCAGAGCGGGGCAGCCCAGGACACACGUGCAGAGGGCGGCGGCCAAGCCCGUGUGGGCGCUCACCGAGGCCAGGCCCACGUGGGCUCUGUUUGUGCCCAGGCUGAGCCCGCGUGGGCCGGGCUGCCGGACGCCGUCAAGGUCACUGCUGAGGGACAGCGAGCCUCCCUGGCAGGCAGGCAGCCACUCCCGGAGGAGCACCUGCCUGGGGGUGUGGACAGCAGAGGCUGGCCGAGGCGGGGUGCCACGCUGGCCUGUGUCCCUCUCUCGUCUGCCCUGGCUCUCAGCUGAGGCGCCGUCGGGACCCUCCACAGGCGCAGGGCCCCGGGAAGCCCGGAUCUGCGUGGACGUCCUGGGAAGAGCAUCCCCACGCGUGGCCGAGGCAGAGAGCAGACCCGAGGCCCCGGGGCUUGGCGCCUCGCCCUGGGAAUGUGACCGACGGCCCCACCAUGGUGGUCACACAGCUGAACCUGAGGUUCCGCUUCCAGAACAGGAAACUGCGCGGCGUCAGCUGUGAGCUCCUCCGGUAUCCCCACGGGGUCCUGCCCGAGACCUUCCUCACCAUGACGGGCCAGGUCGUGCUGCCCAUCCUGCUGUCCACUCUGGGCAUGAUGACAGCCGGCCUGGUGAUGAACACAGUACAGCACUGGCCCGUGUUUCUGGAGGUGAAGGACCUGCUGACGCUGGUGCCGCCGCUCGUGGGCCUGAAGGGGAACCUGGAAAUGACGCUGGCCUCGCGACUCUCCACGGCCGCCAACACCGGACAGAUCGAUGACCCCCAGGAAAAACACAGACUCAUCAGCAGCAACCUGGCGCUUGUGCAGGUGCAGGCCACGGUCGUGGGGCUCCUGGCCGCCGUGGCCGCCCUGCUGCUGGGCGCUGUGUCUCGGGAGGAGCUGGACUUGGCCCCCAUGGAGCUCCUGUGUGCCAGCAGCGUCGUCACUGCCUUCCUCGCCGCCCUCGCCCUUGGCCUGCUGAUGGUCUGUAUAGUGAUUGGCGCUCGGAAGCUCGGCGUCAACCCAGACAACAUCGCCACGCCCAUCGCGGCCAGCCUGGGCGACCUCAUCACGCUGUCCAUCCUGGCCUUGGUCAGCAGCUUCUUCUACAGACACAAAGACAGCCAGUACCUGAUGCCGCUGGUGUGCGUGGGCUUCGUGGCGCUGACCCCGCUGUGGGUGCUGAUCGCCAAGCAGAGCCCACCCAUCCUGCAGGUCCUGAAGUUCGGGUGGUACCCCAUCAUCCUGGCCAUGGCCAUCAGCAGCGUCGGAGGCCUCAUCCUGAGCAAAACCAUUUCUAAGCAGCAGUACAAGGGCAUGGCCAUCUUCACGCCUGUCAUCUGCGGUGUCGGCGGCAACCUGGUGGCCAUUCAGACCAGCCGGAUCUCCACCUACCUGCACAUUCGGAGCGCCCCUGGCGUCCUGCCGCCCUGGAUGAAGAAGUUCUGGCCCAACCCCUGCUCCACGUUCUGCACCUCAGAAGUCAACUCCAUGUCAGCCCGAGUGCUGCUCUUCCUGGUGGUCCCGGGCCACCUGAUUUUCUUCUACAUCAUCUACCUGGUGGAGGGCCAGUCGGUCACAGACAGCAAGAGCUUCGUGGUGCUGUAUCUGCUUGCGGGCCUGAUCCAGGUGACGAUCCUGCUGUACCUGGCCGAGGUGAUGGUCCGACUGACCUGGCACCAGGCCCUGGAUCCUGACAACCACUGCAUCCCCUACCUCACGGGCCUGGGAGACCUGCUGGGCACGGGCCUCCUGGCCCUCUGCUUCCUGGUCGACUGGCUGCUCCGGAGCAAGGCAGAGCUGGCCGACCUCUCAGAACUGGCCUCUGGACCUCCCUAGCCGAGCCCAGCCAGCCCUGGUUGCUUAGUAGGAUGUUUCCCUCCCCGCGGCGGGUUACAGGACGCAGUGUCUCCCCUGGCCAGGUCCCCGGAGUGGCCUUGGCCGUGGCCCUUCCUUCCUCAGUCUGCUAUGGAGACGCACACGCGCUGCGACUCCAGCAGGGGGCGCCGGAGCCCGUGCUGGAACCCUGGAGCCGGGAGUGCCGCUUGGGAGGGUGCGACCCGGGGUGUGUGUCCGUGUGCUGGCUGAGCGUGAGCGUGCGUGCGUGCGUGCCUGUGUGCGUGUGAGUUGGGGGAGUGCCGUGUUCUGGCCCGGUGCAGCCACAGAAGGGGCGUGGCCCAGCUUGGCCCAGCUCUCGUCUGUGCAGUGUGGACUGGAGUGGAGCAGGAGGGGGAUCCGUGCUGUCCCCAAGCUCAGGACUCUGCGCCUGGCUUUUCUGCCCUCCCGGCUCUUGCCCCGGGAGCGUGUGCAGCCUCUCAGGGCGGGGCCUGGCUCCCUCCCGUGCCCAGCCUCUCUGCAGCCUCUUAGCCUUGUCACUGCUGUAGUUUACACUUUUUGCAGAAUUUGUUGUCAGCAGCACCCUCUGUUCAGUACUCCAGGAUCAGAGACGUGUAAAAUAAAGGUAGCGUUACGUCUGU